UAGUAUGACUUUUUGAGUUGUUGAGAGACGUCGCCCGUUGCCGACAUGUCGUCGUAUAGUUUAAAUUUAUUAUUGUUGACGGUGUUUGGUAUAUUUGUGACUUCGAACACCCAGACGAUACAUAAACGAUUUGAAUACAAAUAUUCGUUCAAACCGCCUUAUUUAGCACAAAAAGAUGGUUCUGUGCCGUUUUGGGAGUACGGAGGCAAUGCGAUCGCGUCUGGUGAGAGCGUCCGGUUGGCGCCGUCUCUGAGGAGUCAGAAGGGCGCUAUAUGGUCCAAGCAUCCGAUCAACUUCGACUGGUGGGAGGUGGACAUCAUGUUCAAGGUCACCGGCAGGGGAAGGAUAGGAGCCGACGGGCUGGCCUUCUGGUACGUGACGAAGCGCGGGGAGUACACCGGCGAGGUGUUCGGCUCCUCGGACCGCUGGAACGGUCUGGGGAUCAUCUUCGACUCCUUCGAUAACGACAACAAACACAACAACCCCUACAUCAUGGCGGUCCUGAACGACGGCACUAAGAGCUUCGACCACAAGAGCGAUGGUUCCAGCCAGCUGUUAUCCGGCUGCUUGCGGGACUUCAGGAACAAGCCCUUCCCGACCCGCGCCCGGAUAGAAUACUACGCGAACACACUCACAGUCUACUUCCAUAACGGUCUAACCAACAACGAGGCGGACUAUGACUUGUGUUUCCGAGCUGAGAACGUCCAGUUGCCUCGUGGAGGGUUCCUGGGCGUCUCCGCGGCCACCGGCGGGCUGGCGGACGACCAUGACGUCAUACACCUGCUGACGUCAUCGCUGCACUCCACACAGCAAGGAGGACAGCAAAUAAACAGUGCAGAACAAGCCAAGCUGUCCCAGGAGUACCAGGAGUACCAGAAGAAGCUGGAGCAGCAGAAAGAGGAUUACAGGAAGGAACAUCCCGAUGAGGUCCGAGACAAGGACGGUGAGUUUGAUGACUGGUUUGAGUCUGAUGGACAACGGGAGCUCAGACAGAUCUUCGCCAGCGUUGGGCAUGUGCAGGACGGGGUCAGGGAACUCAGCAAGAAGAUGGACGAGGUUAUUGGCAAACAGACAAACUCGCUGUCCAUGUUGUCAGCCGUGUACAGUCAGACACAGACGAUGCAGGUCCAGCAGCCUGGACAAGCUGGCCAACCACCUGUACAGCAGAUGCCGAUGCUGCCCAUCACCAGACACGACUGGGACCAGCUGAUGGCCAACAACCAGCUCGUCAUCAACACCAUCGCCGAGCUCAAGGGUUUCAUAAUAGACGUGUCGCGUAAGACGGACAGCGUGGUGGGCGGCGUGGCGGGCGGCGCGGCGGGCGGCGCUCUAAACCAACAGGUGGUGAACGAACUGAGGGAGGGGAUCAAUCACGUUAAAAACAAUGUGGCGGGAGUCGCACAGAGGCUGUCGUCCGCUCCGCCGCAGCCCGCGUGUCCGUCUGUGUCGUGUGUGUCCACCACCAUGCUGCUGACGGUAGUGGCGUCUCAGCUGGCCGUCAUGUUCCUGUAUUCGUUGUACAAAGAAAGGAAAGAGGCGCAGGCUAAGAAAUUCUUCUGAUGAGUGUAUGUCCGUCUCCGCGCUGCCUUCACCUCACUUGGAGAUUAUUAGAUUUAUAUUGAACGUUGUAUUUUUAUAUUAUUAUUAUUUGGAGGAUGAUUAGUUUGAAAUUCUAUAUUUUGGUAUCGUCUCCCGUCUCCCGACCCCGUCCCCCGACCCCGGCCCCCGUCUGUCGGAUGUCACAAAACGCAAUUUAGUUAUAUACUAGUACCCGGGCAGGCCGGAGUCCCGGAGUCCCGGAGCAGCGCGGCGCCGGUCGCGGCCCUGAGUGGAUGUCUUGUACAUAAUUAAUAUUUAUAUUUUUUUCUCUUUUAGUAAAUAUUAUUUGUCAUAA